AAACGCUUUCUCUCUCUAGAGUCUCAAUCAUAUACUUGAAAAACAUUUCUCUCUCUUCUCUCUCUCUCCCUUCCUUUUAGUUUUCCUCUAUUAUCAGUUGAAGGAAAAACGAGCAGAGAGUUGUGGACACUAAUAUGGCGUUUCAGGACCACUUCUCUCAGGAAAUGGCUCUUCAACAACAGCAACAGCAGCAGCAGCAGCAAAACGCUGUCGUUUUGCACUCCAUGCUUCCGGCCGAUCACCACUCCUCCUCGCCCAAAUCUCCGCCCUCCACGUGGCUCAACACCUCCCUCCUCCGCCAGCACAGCCACCACUUCUCCGCCCCCGCAGACGCCUCCGCUGCUGCCGCCGCCGCCGGCACCAGCUUCCUCCACCUCCAGACCACCAACUCCGACUCCUCCACCUCCAACCACUGGCUCUCCCCCACCGGCGAGGGGCCGAAGAGCGACGCCGUUUCGGAGCCGAUGAAUAAUAGCAACAAUAACGCGAAUAAUAGUGAGGAGAGUAGCUGGGAGAGGGAGAAGUGCAAGGCGGACAUUCUGAACCACCCGCUGUACGAUCAACUGCUGUCGGCGCACGUGUCGUGCCUGAGAAUCGCCACGCCCGUCGACCAGCUGCCCAGGAUCGACGCCCAGCUCGACCAGUCCCAAAACGUCGUCGCUAAGUACUCCGUUCUCGGUCAAGGUCAACAGCCUCUCGACGACAAAGACCUUGAUCAAUUCAUGACACACUAUGUUUUGUUGCUCUCAUCAUUUAAAGAACAGCUGCAGCAACAUGUCCGAGUUCAUGCAAUGGAAGCAGUCAUGGCUUGUUGGGAACUUGAGCAGUCUCUACAGAGCUUAACAGGGGUGGCACCGGGUGAAGGUACAGGUGCAACGAUGUCUGAUGAUGAUGAUGAGCAGGCUGAUAGUGAUGCUAACUUUUUUGACGGAGGUCUGGAUGGAUCAGACACCAUGGGCUUCGGUCCUCUUGUGCCUACUGAAAGUGAGAGGUCUCUGAUGGAGCGUGUGAGACAAGAAUUGAAGCAUGAGCUCAAACAUGGUUACAAGGAAAAGAUCGUGGACAUCAGAGAGGAAAUUUUACGCAAGCGAAGAGCCGGAAAGCUGCCUGGUGAUACUACAUCUGUCUUGAAAGCAUGGUGGCAGUCACACUCAAAAUGGCCAUAUCCAACGGAGGAAGACAAAGCAAGAUUAGUACAGGAAACAGGCUUGCAACUAAAACAGAUAAACAAUUGGUUCAUCAACCAAAGGAAAAGAAACUGGCACAGCAAUCCUUCAUCAUCGACAUCCCAGAAAAGCAAACGCAAGAGCGGUAGUGCAGGAGAAAAGAUGAGCAGUGAGCACUUCAUCUGAGGAGCAGAAGUUGUAUAGUGGCAAUCCCAUCAUUAUUCCCAGCAUCACAGUACACACAUAGUUAGCACGUGAAACGAGAAUGGAGCUCUCUGGCGCACACAGAAGUUUUGGCCACUAGACUGCCGGUGUGGGAGACUUAUCAGAUCCACUUAGACUAGUUAGAAUAUGCUUUUGAAUAUAAUGUGGCUUACAUAUUUAAGCAGCAGUGCAUAUUUUGUUACUUGUUUUUUAUUUUUUUUGGCGAGGUUCAUCAAUGUUUAGCAUCUAUAUAUAAUGUCUAUACUUCGAUCUUACCAACGUAUCAAUGCUUUGUAAGUUUCACCUUUUAAAUUUUUGUGAAUAUAAGUGGCUGUUGAUUAUGGUUA